UUUGACAUCAACAAUGAUUUGGUGAAUUAGUGACAUUUCUGGUAGGUAUAUAAGUUAUACUGAAAACACUUGCACUACUCACUGGUAUACCGACGUCCAUUCAGUUCCAAGCUGUAUCUUUAGGAUCAAAAUGAAAACAUUCAUCGUAAUUAUCGCCGUAUCCAUGGUAUGCUGCGUGUACGCCCAGACAUACGGAAUUUCCAGUUAUGUCCCCUAUGACAACUACGAUGGGAUCGGAAACCUCGCUGGUUCAAGACGGAUCAUUGGAUCUGGACGCUUAACCAGGGGUUCUUUGUUGGGAGGAACUCGUAGAAUUUCCAGACUUCCACUUAUUGACUCAAGACGUUUAGCAAGAGGACGUUCGACAGGAGGGACACUUGGACUGGCCAGACUUGGUCGUGGUAGGGUGCACCGACCAAUAGGCACACGAUAUAUAGAUACACAAGACAGUUAUAUUCCUAGGAGACCAACUUAUCCAACUACAUAUUAGAUGCCAGCAAAUCCACAACACUGAAGAUUUCUGUAAUUCUCCAGAAAUGAAGUGCCAAAUAUAUACAAUUUAUUUUAUUUCAUUCAUUUGUCAAAAUGAAAAAGUAACUGAAAAUAAAACUGUUAUGCUACACA